AUGAUGCGAUUCCUAAAAUUCUACCUCUCCAAAAAAAACACAGGCGCGUUCGAGGUGACGUCAUAUUCAUGCGACUGUUUACAUGCAGAGGAGAACAACAUGGCGCUAUUUCCAGCUUUUGCAGGAUUAUCAAAUACAAAAGCAGAGAAUGCACCUAAAGGUAAGACCACAAAUGUUUAUUUAUGUUUAGUGGAUGUGUCAACCAGUUAGCCACCGUUCUGUGACGGCAUUUCAAAGAGAGAUCUAAUAAAAGUAAACGCAAGUGCAACGUUCCUGCCCGAAAGUGUCAGCUUCCUAGUUUCACUAGCUUGUUAACUUAAUUGCGCAGAACACAAUUAUGCUAUAGCUAGCUAGCUAAGUGUCUUUGCUCGUAACAUAACAUCCCCCACAAUAUGCAUCCAUAGUUAUACUUUGAUAAACAUUAACGUUAGUUACUCAAUGAUGUUGCCAGGUGGAUAAGCAUGAUAAACAAUUUUCCUACACUCACUGACUGAAGGUUAGCAGUGCAUUGGGCCCUCACCAUAACCUUAAUCUAACCAAAAAGGUGUACUAUAUAAUGUCCUCAUAAAAUUCAACUCUAAGCCCAUUGGCACAAUGUGAUCUGACAACUCUUUGACUUUGGACUACUUUAUCUUUAGUGCAUUUACUGUAUCAGUGGGCUUCCAUCUGAAAAAAGCUGUCGCCAAACCUGAUUAUUUCCUCUGCUUAAAAGCCCUAGAGAACUAAUUGUGAUUGAUUUGACAUUACUAUUUUUUCUCUCUCCUCAGAGCUAGAAUGGCUGAGCAAUCAAAGUUUCCGUACCGACGACGCUCUCUCUCUUCACCAACGAGCCACUGAGAAAGCCAACGAAACACAAUCGGCAGAAACAAGGUGUUGUGUUAUGAUAAGUGUUCAAUCGUUAUCCAAUUAUUUCCCUUUCACUGUGACUUAAUAGUAUUACAUUCCGCCCCUUUGAGAAGCACUGGAGGUUUUAUUGAGUAGCUUUGAAUGUUACUACACAGUGUCGUGACGUCACUUUCAUUAUUGUGAUAACUAUUAUUUCUCAAAUAAUUACCUACUAUGUUUAAUUGUUACUAGAUUAAAUUAAUCAUGUAACAAUCAACUCAUUAGGAAUUUGGGUUACCAUGGGAAAAGUUAUUUAACGAGUUACCGUUUCCCGAAUUAACUCUAAAGAUAUCUAGAUAUCUCUUGUCAUUUAACAGUCAUUUAUUAAUAAUUUACCUCAUAUCAGUCUCAUUCUGAAAGUCGUAGACUCUUUAAGUCUGCACGAACCCGGGUCUUAUUGAUCAUUCCGUACCACACAAAUUGAUUUAAUUAUUUAUUCACUAACUAAUUAAAAAUGACAACACAAGAUACAAACACGUACACAGUAUAGGUAGGGAUUAGAAACUUAAUACAAUGAAAACGGGUCCCUAGCGAACUAACACAAUAUGACACUUGUUAAAAAAGAUGGCGAGUUAGAGAGAUUGAGUAAAAAACACUUGGAUACAUAUGGAACUACGCUCACAGUAAUCCUAAUACCUUGCCCGAACUGCCACCCGUUUGGUAAGAAGUAAUGAAUGUAUUUACGUGUUGGAGGUCUUCGUCGUGUAUCUCUGUUGGACCCAGGCCUUCGUGGGAAGGGGUCGAUUGGGCCUUCUCUUUCGAAUGGUCUUUUAGAUGUAAGGCUCUGAUUGUCCACAAGAGGUCACAAUGUCCUUCUUCUUAGUUGUCUGUUUACUUUCACUCGUUCUGGAAGUGGUCUUCUGAGGAUGGCUAAUCAGCCAUGUCGAUGAUCCCCUGUGGGGUGAUGCGAGCAGUGUAGUAGACGAUGGUUUGAAGAGAGCAACAGGAUGGUCCCACUUAAAUUCACUUUCUUAGAUACAGUACUUAGAACAGCUACUCAGCCGUAACAUUUAUUGUUAGUGGAGGCAACUUUGUCGUCUUCACCUCGUGUUGAUUUUCAGGGUCGUAACCAAUGGAUACAAAAGCUGCAGCUUGAGUACUUCUGAUCUGAUCAUUCUUAACUCAAUCUUUUAUGCGCUCUGGUAAAGAGGGGCGUUUCGGUCAUACUGACACGCUCUCUGAGCUCCGUCGGGCGUGGCUAGUUACAAGGCAAAACUAUUAUCAUCACUAUGAUCUUGUUAGAAAGCUGAAAUCACAUUCCUAUCUUCACGAAAACAUUGUCUUCCUCCUUGAUAUUUUCUACCCAACGUAUAGGAUGUAAGCCUGAUAUACACAGUGUAAAAGCUCUUCAAGUCACAAUGUUUUCGUUAUAAUGCCUUUAUACCUUUUUUAAUGACAUCACAAAAUAUACAUACAUUUUCCAUAUUCCAUUUUUCAUCAUUCCCAACAUUUGGAUGUUGAAAUGUAUUGUCCAAAUGUUCAUUGUUGGAUGUUGAAGUUUUUGGGCGGCAAAAAGUCUAUGAAACAAAGGCAUUCCUUUCACCAUACUAGAGGGCCAGAGAGAGAUUCUCCUCCUCUCUAAUUUAUGGCAGUGUUCAGGUGUCAAGACCGGCACAGCCCCCCCCCCCCCCCCCCCCCCCCCCCUCCCCGGUCUGGUUGUUGUCAGCCAUUUGCCAAGCUGAUGUAAGACCUUUGAUCCUCACCCAGGGAGAGUCAUGACAACAGUCUUGUUGACCUCCAAAUAUCUUAUACUUUUGUGGGAUGAUAUGAUCUCAGCAUUGACAUGUGGUGGUAGUUUCACCCCAAAAUCAACGGCUUGUGAUAUUUAUACUUAAAUGUAUACUUCUAACAUUUCUCAGCAGACUCAUUAUACCAGAGAGGGACGAUAAGAAUGACGUCCCAUCCAAGAAGAAGAAAAAGAAGGAGAAGAAGAAGAAAAAGAAAAAGCACAAGAACAAGAGUGGAGAACCCUCCCCAGCAAGCAGUGGCUCAGAUUCAGAUACUAUCUACCCCAGUGACCUCCUAAAAAAUGCUGAGAGCACUCCUCCGAGGUAUGACCUCACUCCUUUGGUUCCCAGUGAGACACAGGAUACAUGCUCUAUUAGGAAUAUAUACGAUCAGUUUUGCAAUUUAUAUCAUAAUGAAUAAGAGUAUUUGGACAGGGGGGAACUGAUCCUAGACCAGCACUCCUACCGUAAGAUGCUUUUUACUGUAGUAGUUGUUCUGUUUCAGGGUUUAAAUGUUGCCGGGUUGGAGGGCGAUGCGGUGUCCGUGGCUCAGUGCGUUAGGGGAGGUAUACUCUGGGGGUCUUGGCUGACUGCCAGUUGUAGUAGCUCUCCUUGACUCAGACUCUGAAUUCAACUGCGACAUCAAGCCUGGCUAGUCUCUGAGCUGCCAAUGAAAUUACCCCCAGUCCCUUGCCACACACACAAACACACAGACACAGAUACAGACACACACAGACAGACAGACAGACAGACAGACAGACAGACAGACAGACAGUACCAGUCAAAUGUUUGGACACACCUACUCAUUCAAGGGUUUUUCUUUAUUUUUACUAUUUUCUACAUUGUAGAAUAAUAGUGAAGACAUCAAAGCUAUGAAAUAAUACAUAUGGAAUCAUGUAGUAACCAAAAAAGUGUUAAACAAUUCAAAAUAUAGUUUAUAUUUGAGAUUGUUCAAACAGCCACCCUUUGCCUUGAUGACAGCUUUGCACACUCUUGGCAUUCUCUCAACCAGCUUCACCCAGAAUGCUUUUCCAACAGUCUUGAAGUAGUCCCCACAUAUGCUGAGCACUUGUUGGCUGCUUUUCCUUCACUCUGCCCUCCGACUCAUCCCAAACCAUCUCAAUUGGGUUGAGGUCGGGGGAUUGUGGAGGCCAGGUCAUCAGAUGCAGCACUCCAUCACUCUCCUUCUUGGUAAAAUAGCCCUUACACAGCCUGGAGGUGUGUUGGGUCAUUGUCCUGUUGAAAAACAAAUGAUAGUCCCACUAAGCCCAAACCAGAUGGAAUGGCGUAUCGCUGCAGAAUGCUAUGGUAGCCAUGCUGGUUAAGUGUGCCUUGAAUUCUAAAUAAAUCACAGACAGUGUCACUAGCAAAGCACCCCCACACCAUAACACCUCCUCCUGCAUGCUUUACGGUGGGAAAUACACAUGCAGAGAUCAUCCGUUCACCCACACCGCGUCUCACAAAGACACGGCGGUUGGAACCAAACAUCUCCAAUUUGGACUCCAGACCAAAGGACAAGUUUCCACCGGUCUAAUGUCCAUUGCUCGUGUUUCUUGGCCCAAGCAGGUCUCUUCUUCUUAUUGGUGGCCUUUAGUAGUGGUUUCUUUGCAGCAAUUCGACAAUGAAGGCCUGAUUUAACACAGUCUCCUCUGAACAGUUUAUGUUGAGAUGUGUCUGUGACUUGAACUCUGUGAAGCAUUUAUUUGGGCUGCAAUUUCUGAGGCUGGUAACUAAUGAACUUAUCCUCUGCAGCAGAGGUAACUCUGGGUCUUCCAUUCCUGUGGCUGUCCUCAUGAGAGCCAGUUUCAUCAUAGCGCUUGAUGGUUUUUGCGACUGCACUUGAAAACUUUCCGUAUUGACUGACCUUCAUGUCUUAAAGUAAUGAUGGACUGUCGUUUCUCUUUGCUUAUUUGAGCUGUUCUUGCCAUAAUAUGGACUUGGUCUUUUACCAAAUAGGGCUAUCUUCUGUAUACCCCCACUACCUUGUCACAACACAACUGAUUGGCUCAAACGCAUUAAGAAGGAAAUAAAUUCCACAAAUUAACUUUUAAGAAGGCACACCUGUUAAUUUAAUUGCAUUCCAGGUGACUACCUCAUGAAGCUGGUUGAGAGAAUGCCAAGAGUGUGCAAACUUUUGACUGGUACUGUAUACACACCCACACACUGUCUCUAUGUCUUUCUCUCUUUCAAGGACUGGCUCCUCCACAGGAGACUUGUGUAACUUAUCCUACAGUCAAAUUAGCCUAAUGAUGCCAUUCUUUUUUAUCUGUACUGUACUGGCAAUAUUUAACGACUAAUCUGUUACUGUACUGUCAAUGUUUAACGAUUAUGUCUGUUUUAUGAAAGGCUUUCUUAUCAAUUUCCGUUAUAGUUAUGGCAUCAUGUUUGUGUGAGGUAGCACCACUAGCCCUAUAUGGUCUUUUGUUCCAAUCAUGAAAACGCUGAUUCGCUAAGUCUUACCAAACACCUCCUGUGGCCUAUGCUCUGCAUUGAUCCUGACUAUCUCUGUCUGUAGUGAGGAGGCGCAGUUUCAGAUGGAGGGGUCUUUUGUGUGGUUGGACGACCUCCAGACCCCCACCGAUCGGCCCUUCUGCGUGGACAGGAGAGCAGACCGUGCCAACUGGGAGUACAAAUCACUUUACAGAGGAGAUAUCGCUAGGUAGGUAACGUCCCUUCCCCCUCCACUGCUCCACCCUCCGCCUCCCCCUCAUCUCUGCACCACCUCUCUCUCUCUCUCCUCCCACAGCCCUGGCUACUACACCCUGCUCUCUCCCCACCUUUCCUCUCCCCUCUCUCGCUCUCUCUCUCACACACUCUACUGCCAUCUCAGCUCUGGUGUAGUUGCCCGUCAGCUGUCAUCAACCCACACUUACCCUGUCCACACCAUUGAGCUGGACAGAGCUGAGCUAUACUGCACUGGCUUGGCUGUGCAUCCACCACAGUUGCUGGAAGUGCACUGGAAAGGACAAUGCGGAAACGAAAAUAUCUGAGCCAGCACCGUACGGUUCAGGUUGGCACGAUAGUGUUAAAAGCGUAUCUGUUGGCCAGCAGUGUUUAGUUUAUCCUCCAGCCUGGUUCUGUUCCCAAUGCAAGGUCAGUCAGAGAGGGAGUCAGUCAGAGAGGUAGUCAGUCAGCUGCAGGUGCCAGAGCCUCCAUUACAGUACGCAUCAUCGCAAUGGAGACGGGGGCUUGGGUGGCCAGAGAGCAGGGGUAGGUGGGCGGGGUUGGGGGUGUUGAUAAUAAAAGCUGCAUUGAGAGUUUUGGGUCUGCAGCGCUGCAGUAAUCCAUCUCUCACAGGCAGUUUUACUACUUCAGCCCUCUGACUGCCUUCAGCCCACAGUCAGGGUGUAAAUUCCUUCUUUCCUGUCAAAGCGCGCUCUCUAUGUUGAAUAAUGACGUGGAUAGGAUGUGUGCUCGUGGUGGGGUAUAUAUUGUUGUCAUACAUACAGUGCAUUCGGAAAGUAUUCAGACCCCUUGACUUUUUCCACAUUUUGUUGUUACAGCCUUAUUCUAAAAUGGAUUAAAUUGUUUUUCCCCCUCAUCAAUAUACACACAAUACCCCAUUAUAAAAAUAAAAAAACAAACGGAAAUAUCACAUUUACAUAAGUAUUCAGACCCUUUAUUCAGUACUUUGUUGACGCACCUUUGGCGGCGAUUACAGCCUCGAGUCUUCUUGGGUAUGACGCUACAAGCUUGGCACGCCUGUAUUUGGGGAGUUUCUCCCAUUCUUAUGUAAAAAAGGUAUUUCUGUUUUUUAUUUUUAGUAAAUUUGAAAAUGAAAUGCUAAAAACCUGUUUUCGCUUUGUCAUUAUGGGGUAUUGUGUGUAGAUUGAUGAGGGAAAAAUUUAAUUUAAUUGAUUUUAGACUAAGGCUGUUAACGUAACACAAUGUGGAAAAGGGGAGGGGUCUGAGUACUUUCCGAAUGCACUGUACACUAUAUACACAAAGUACGUGGAGACCCCAUCAAAUUAGUCGAUUUGACUAUUUCAGCCAUACCCGUUGCUGACAGGUGUAUAAAAUCGAGCACAUAGCCAUGCAAUCUCCAUAAACAAACACUGGCAGUAGAAUGGCCUUACUGAAGAGCUCAGUGACUUUCAACGUGGCACCAUCAUAGGAUGCCACCUUUCCAACAAGUCAGUUUGUAAAAUUUCUGCCCUGUUAUAGCUGCCCCGGUCAACUGUAAGUGCUGUUAGUGUGAAGUGGAAACGUCUAGGAGCAAAAACGGGACCGGCGAGUGCUUAAGCGCGUAGCGUUUAAAAAUCGUCUGUCCUCGGUUGCAACACUCACUACCGAGUUCCAAACUGCCUCUUGAAGCAACGUCAGCACAAGAACUGUCCGUCGGGAGCUUCAUGAAAUGGGUUUCCAUGGCCGAGCAGCCGCACACAAGCCUAAGAUCACCAUGCGCAAUGCCAAGCGUCUGCUGGAGUGGUGUAAAGCUCGCCACCAUUGGACUCUGGAGCAGUGGAAACGCGUUCUCUGGAGUGAUGAAUCACGCUUCACCAUCUGGCAGUCUGAAGGACGAAUCAGGGUUUGGCGGAUGCCAGGAGAACGCUACCUGCCGAAUUUAUAGUGCCAUAUUGAAUAAUGGUCUGGGGCUGUUUUUCAUGGUUCGGGCUAGGCCCCUUAGUUCCAGUGAAGGGAAAUCUUAAUACUACAGCAUACAAUGACAUUCUAGAUGAUUCUGUGCUUCCAACUUUGUGGCAGCAGUUUGGGAAAGGCCCUUUCCUGUUUCCGCAUGACAAUGCUCCCGUGCACAAAGCGAGGUCCAUACAGAGAAGGUUUGUCGAGAUCGGUGUGGAAGAACUUGACUGGCCUGCACAGAGCCCUGACCUCAAGCCCAUCUAACACCUUUGGGAUGAAUUGGAACGGCGACUGCGAGACAGGCCUAACAUCAGUGCCCGACCUCACUAAUACUCUUGUGUCUGAAUGGAACCAAGUACCCACAGCAAUGUUCCAACAUCUAGUGGAAAGCCUUCCCAGAAGAGUGGAGGCUGUAAUAGCAGCAAAGGGUGGACCAACUUCAUAUUAACGCCAAUGAUUUUGGAAUGAGAUAUAGUUGUCUUCAUUAGCGUAUUUCUAAGUAUGUGUCUUAUGUGUCUUUUUUAUAUAAUAUAUACAGCUGCGUAAAAAAUAAAGAGCCACUGCAAAAUUAUUAGUUUCUCUGGUUUUACUAUUUAUAGGUAUGUGUUUGGGUAAAAAUAACGUUUUUGUUUUAUUCUAUAAACUACUGCCAACAUUUCUCCCAAAUUCCAAAUAAAAAUAUUGUCAUUUAGAGCAUUUAUUUUCAGAAAAUGACAACUGGUCAAAAUAACAAAAAAUAUGCAGUGUUGUCAGACCUCGAAUAAUGCAAAGAAAAUAAGUUAAUGUAAAAAUGUAAAUUUUUAAACAACACAAUAGUAAUGUUUUAACUUUACUCAAUAUUUGGUGGAAGAACCCUGAUUUUCAAUCACAGCUUUCAUGUGUCUUGGCAUGCUCUCCACUAGUCUUUCACAUUGAUGUUGGGUGACUUUAUGCCACUCCUGGUGAAAAAAUUCAAGCAGCUUGGCUUUGUUUGAUGGCUUGUGACCAUCCAUCUUCCUCUUGAUCACAUUCCAGAAGUUUUCAAUGGGGUUCAGGUCUGGAGAUUGGGCUGGCCAUGACAGGGUCUUGAUCUGGUGGUCCUCCAUCCACACCUUGAUGACCUGGCUGUGUGGCAUGGCACAUUGUCCUGCUGGAAAAACCAAUCCUCAGAGUUGGGGAACAAUGUCAGAGCAAAAGGAAGCAAGUUUUCUUCCAGGAUGACCUUGUAUGUGGCUUGAUUCAUGCGUCCUUCACAAAGACAAAUCUGCCCGAUUCCAGCCUUGCUGAAGCACCCCCAGAUCAUCACCGAUCCUCCACCAAAUUUCACAGUGGGUUGCGAGACACUGUGGCUUGUAGGCCUCUCCAGGUCUCCGUCUAACCAUUAGACGACCAGGUGUUGGGCAAAGCUGAAAAUUGAACUCAUCAGAGAAGAUGACCUUACUCCAGUCCUCUACGGUCCAAUCCUUAUGGUCUUUUGCAAAACUCAGCCUGGCUCUUCUUUGCUUCUCAUUGAUGAAGGGCUUUUUUCUAGCUUUGCACGACUUCAGCCCUGCCCCUAGGAGCCUGUUUCGAACCGUCCUCGCCGUGCACUUCACCCCAGCUGCCGUUGUCCAUUCUUUUUGUAGGUCACUUGAUGUCAUCCUACAGUUGUUGAGUGACAUUUGAAUGAGUUGGCGGUCAUCCCGGUCAGUAGAGUUGUUUUCGCCCUCUGCCUGUCUGUAGCUUUGUUGUCCCCAAUGUCUGCUGCUUGACCUUGUUCUUAUGAACCGCCGUCUUUGAAAUGUUAAGGAUGGAAGCAACCUGACGCUCACUGUAUCCCUAUGCCAGUAAAGCCAGAAUUGAACCCUUCUUUUCCUCACUCAAAACUUUCCUUUUCAACUCUUUUGGCAUGGUCAAUAGUUUUAUUUUUUAAUCAAUAUUACUUUUGAGGUUCUAUUAGCACUGUUUUUGCCAUCCAGCUGGUCCUAUUGCAAGAGGAUAGUGAUGAUAGUGAUUAUACUUUUCCUCGUUAAAUAAGAUUUUGUUUCAUGUGAUCACCUAAUCAGUACCUAAUUCAGUAGAAUGAGGGGUGCCUGUGUUGGAAUUCAACAGACACUGGAAUGGAAUGGCUGUCAGACAUGUAGAGAUGCUGAUUUAAGAAAAAUGUGCAGUGGUCUCUUAAUUUUUUCCACAGCUGUGUGUGUGUGUGUAUAUAUAUAUAUAUAUAUAUAUAUAUAUAUAUAUAUAUAUAUAUAUAUAUAUAUAUAUAUAUAUAGUUGAAGUCGGAAGUUUACAUACACCUUAGCCAAAUAAAUUUAAACUCAGAUUUUCACAAUUCCUGCCAUUUAAUCCUAGUAAAAAGUCACUGUCAAAGGUCAGUUAGGAUCACCACUUUAUUUUAAGAAUGUGAAAUGUCAGAAUAAUAGUAGAGAGAAUUAUUUAUUUAAGCUUUUUUCUUUCAUCACAUUCCCAGUGGGUUAGAAGUUUACAUACACUCAAUUAGUAUUUGGUAGCAUUGCCUUUAAAUUGUUUAACUUGGGUCAAAAUUUCGGGUAGCCUUCCACAGGCUUCCCACAAUAAGUUGGGUGAAUUUUGGCCCAUUCCUCCUGACAGAGAUGGUGUAACCUGAGUCAGGUUUAUAGGCCUCCUUGCUCGCACACGCUUUUUCAGUUCUGCCCACAAAUGUUCUAUAGGAUUGAGGUCAGGGCUUUGUGAUGGCCACUCCAAUAACUUGACUUUGUUGUCCUUAAGCCAUUUUGCCACAACUUUGGAAGUAUGCUUGGGGUCAUUGUUCAUUUGGAAGACCCAUUUGUGACCAAGCUUUAACUUCCUGACUGAUGUCUUGAGAUGUUGCUUCAAUAUAUCCACAUAAUUUUCCUUCCUCAUGAUGCCAUCUAUUUUGUGAAGUGCACCAGUCUCUCCUGCAGCAAAGCACCCCCACAGCAUGAUGCUGCCACCCCCGUGCUUCACGGUUCGGAUGGUGUUCUUCGGCUUGCAAUCAACCCCCAGUUUCCUCCAAACAUAACGAUGGUCAUUACGGCCAAACAGUUCUAUUUUUGUUUUAUCAGACCAGAGGACAUUUCUCCAAAAAGGAUGAUCUUUGUCGCCAUGUGCAGUUGCAAACCGUAGUCUGGCUUUUUUAUGGCGGUUUUGGAGCAGUGGCUUCUUCCUUGCUGAGCAGCAUUUCAGGUUAUGUCGAUUAUAAGACUAGUUUUACUGUGGAUAUAGAUACUUUUGUACCUGUUUCCUCCAGCAUCUUCACAAGGUCCUUUGCUGUUGUUAUGGGAUUGAUUUGCACUUUUCGCACCAAAGUACGUUCAUCUCUAGGAGACUGUACGCGUUUCCUUCCUGAGCGGUAUGACAGCUGCGUGGUCCCAUGGUGUACUAUUGUUUGUACAGAUGAACGUGGUACCUUCAGGCAUUUGGAAAUUUCUCCCAAGGAUGAACCAGACUUGUGGAGGUCUACAAUUUUUCUUCUGAGGUCUUGGCUGAUUUCUUUAGAUUUUCCCAUGAUGUCAAGCAAAGAGGGACUGAGUUUGAACGUACGCCUUGAAAUACAUCCACAGGUACACCUCCAAUUGACUCAAAUGAUGUCAAUUAGCCUAUCAGAAGCUUCUAAAGCCAUGACAUCAUUUUCUGGAAUUUCCCAAGCUGUUUAAAGGCACAGUCAAGUUAGUGUAUGCAAACUUCUGACAUUUUACAUUUACAUUUUAGUCAUUUAGCAGACGCUCUUAUCCAGAGCGACUUACACCCACUGGAAUUGUGAUAGUGAAUUAUAAGUGGAAUAAUCUGUUUGUAAACAAUUGUUGGAAAAAUUACUUGUCAUGCACAAAGUAGAUGUCCUAACCGACUUGUUAACAAGAAAUUUGUGGAGUGGUUGAAAAACGAGUUUUAAUGACUCCAACCUAAGUGUAUGUAAACUUCCGACUUCAACUGUGUGUAUAUAUAUUGUGGCGUACAGCAGGUCAGCCAUCGGGGGAGACUCGUCGAGGCCUGGUAACAGAUGGGGUAUACAUCACGAGGCGGUGGCUCCAUCUGCUGGACGUGGCAGGUCUCGACGGGCUCCUCUGACAGGACUAAUUGGGGCUGAUUGGGAGCUGGUGAGUAAUUAAGGGCGGAUUGCUCACCUGCUGUGCAAGGCCCAUAAAGCUGCCAGAAGGGCAGCACAUGGGAGAGGACUGGGGGAAGUAAGGUAACUUCUGUGUAGUUGGAGAUGGUAUCCUGGAGAGGGUCUCAUUGGGGAGACCUAACCUUUUCUUUUGAUUAUUUUAUUAAUAAACACCCUUGAAACCGAGCUAAUCAUACUCUGUCCGUGUCUGAUCUGUGUAAACGUCUUGACCCAACCCCCUGAUCUGCCACAAUAUAUAUGCAUGUCCACAGAAGCGGUGUAGUAGGACCCACUGAACUUUGUUAUUAACUGGACAAGGGCAAAAAAUUGAGUUCCAGUUGAUAUCCAGAUGAUAUCGGGUUUAAUGUGGAGUCGAUACACACACACACACACACACACGCCACAGCAAGCGACGUGAAAUGUGAUCAAUAUAACCAUGAUUGGACUGGUGCUUGGCGUAUUGCUCCUUUUUGGAGGAGGUCAGUUGAUGCAGACAACUCACUUUAUUUCUCCCCUUUUCUCUCUUUCUCACCCUGCCCUCCUUCACUGAGCUGCACCCCAAUUCACAACGCUCUCAAUACAUUGCUGUUUCUCUUUACAGUGAUUCUACAUGUGACUGUAAUGUCUUUAAAGGUACAAGAGGAAAGGCUGUUCCUCUCUGGGUUUGGACCUGCGGUCUCAGGCCGUGAGCUGGGCUGAGUCUGGCCCAGAGAAGAAGAGAGUGGACAGGAGACAGAGACCCAACCGCUACUUCUCACCCAACGUCCGCCAGCUGCUGAGGUCUGAUGGCAAACCCACGCUGCCUAGACCUCCACCAGAGGGCACCACCACCGCCUUACCCUUCAUCCCUGUGCCCUCCUGCCUGGAAGGUGAGGCAGAGGGGGGUGGCUCUGCCCUGGGCCAGGGCUCCUGGGUCAACCCUCUGGGGGUGUAUGACUCCUCCACCUCCCUGUGGCUCCAAGGGAAAGGGAAGGCGGAGCAGGGCAAGGUAGAGGAACAAACUUCUACUCCCAGGGACAAUGCUGCUGCCAUGCUGGCUGAACGGGUGGAGGACUUCAACAGGAGGCUGAGGGAAACCCCCACGGACACACACACCUGGCUUCAGUUUGUCCACUUCCAGGUACACUACUCAACGUUAAAACCCCACAAUUACACACCACACCAAUCAGUCCCAUCAAAUCACAUUACAUUUCACUAGGGCCAGGAGUUUCUCCGGGACAUUUCAACGUGUCAGGGAAAAACUCCCGUCCCUGGCCUGUAUCUUGAUACAUCAAAUCACAUGAUAACUUCCCGAUCUGUAUUACAGGACGAGGUAGCUGGGGCGCCUGGGGUGUUUGGUGACAUCUCUGAGAACGAGACAGAGCGGCGGAAGAGGUCAGUGCGGGCCACGCUGGAGAAGAAGGUAGCCAUUUUGGAUCGAGCAGUGGAGAAUAACCCCAGCUGCGUGGAACUGAAGCUGGAGCGACUGCGGCUCUGUAGGGAGCUGUGGGAGCCGGCAGCCCUGCUGAAGGAGUGGAAAAAGCUUGUGUUCCUGCACCCCAACAGCGCCCCCCUGUGGAGGAAGUACCUUCUGUUCACGCAGAGCCACUUCAGCACCUUCUCUGUGUCAAAGGUCAACGCGGUGUACGGGAAGUGUCUGAGCACGCUGGCGGCGGUGCAGGAUGGGAGCAUGGUUUCUCACCAGGUGCUGCCGGGCACUGAUGAGCACAUGCUGGGUAAUGGUCCAAGCCACAUACUAUAUACUCUAUAUAUAAUUAUGUUUGUAUGAAUAACUUAUAUAAAUUAAGGACUUCCCCUGAGAUAGCUUCUGCAUAAUAGACAGAGGACAGAGAUUUUCUCUAUUUUUGCAUAUUUUUCUAAUUAAAUUUGAUCAGAUCUUCAACCAAAACCUAAUAUUAGAUAAAGGGAACCUGAGUUUACAAAUAACAAAAAAAGUGAUACUUAUUUUAUGUAUUUAAUUAACAAAGUUAUGCAACACCCAAUUCCCCUGUGUGAAAAAGUAAUUGCCCCCUUACACCCAAAAAGUUAUACUUUUGACUCAUCUGUCCAUAGAACAUUCUUCCAAGAGUCUUGAUGAUCAUCCGGGUGCUUUUUGGCAAACUUGACUCAACGUUUUGGAUGAGAUGGGUCCCAUUGUGUCUGGCGAAAACCAAACUGCAUUCCACAGUAAGAACCUCAUACCAACGGUCAAGCAUGGUGGUGGUAGUGUGAUGGUUUGGGGAUGCUUUGCUGCCUCAGGACCUGGACGACUUGCCUUAAUAGAAGGAAUCAUGAAUUCUGCUCCGUAUCAGAGAAUUCUACAGGAGAAUGUCAGGCCAUCCGUCUGUGAGCUGAAGCGCAGCUGGGUCAUGCAGCAAGACAAUGAUCCAAAACACAAAAUCAAGUCUACAUGAAAUGGUUAAAAAGCAACACAUUUGAAGUUUUGGAAUGGCCUAGUCAAAGUCCCGACCUAAUCCCAAUUGAGAUGUUGUGGCAGGACUUGAAACGAGCAGUUCAUGCUUGAAAACCCACAAAUGUCCCUGAGUUAAAGCAGUUCUGCAUGCAAGAGUGGGCCAAAAUUCCUCAAAAUUCCUCCACAGCAAUGUGAGAGACUGAUCAACAACUACAGGAAGCAUUUGGUUGCAGUCAUUGCAGCUAAAGGUGGCACAACCAGCUAUUGAGUGUAAGGGGGCAAUUACUUUUUCACACAGGGGAAUUGAGUGUUGCAUAAUUUUGUUAAUUAAAUAAAUAAAAUAAGAAUCCAUGUUUUUUUUGUUAUUUGUAAACUCCGGUUCCGUUUAGCUAAUAUUAGGUUUUGGUUGAAGAUGGCAUUCAGUAUCAAAAAUAUGUAAAAAUAUAGAAAAUCAGGAAAGGGGCAAAUACUUUUUCUCAGCACUGUAUCUCCUUUAAACUCCUUCCAGAAGCCUUUGGUAUGGAUUUGAUGUGGUUGAAUUAGCUCGUGACAGACUAAAUUGAAUUAGCUGGCUAGCUAGCUCCAUUAUUGUGGUUAUAUGUACAUCUUAAUGCCAUUGCCAGAUGUCUGUGGGUGUGGCAGAGCCAUGGCGCACAGGGACUCGUUCAGUAGGCAAACAUUGUGGAAUUUUGCAGAUCUAAAUGUCAAAUAGAACUGACAUGAUUCCUUCACAUGACCGACAAUUAUAUCUGUUUGCAUUCGGAAAGUAUUCAGACCCCUUGACGUUUUCAACAUUUUGUUACGUUACAGCCUUAUUCUAAAAUGUAUUACAUUACUUUUUUCCCUCAUCAAUCUACACACAAUAUCCCAUAAUGACAAAGCGAAAACAGGUUUUUGGAAAUGUUUGCAAAUAAAAAAUUGAAAUACCUUAUUUACAUAAGUAUUCAGACCCUUUGCUAUGAGACUCGAAAUUGAGCUCAGGUGCAUCCUGUUUCCAUUGAUCAUCCUUGAGAUGUUUCUACAACUUGAUUGGAGUCCACCUGUGGUAAAUUCAAUUGAUUGGACAUGAUUUGGAAAGGCACACACCUGUCUAUGUAAGGUUCCACAGUUGACAGUGCAUGUCAGAGCAAAAACCAAGCAAUGAGGUGGAAGGAAUUGUCCGUAGCGCUCCGAGACAGGAUUGUGUCGAGGCACAGAUCUGGGGAACGGUACCAAAACUUUUCUGCAGCAUUGAAGGUCCCCAAGAACACAGUGGCCUCAAUCAUUCUUAAAUGGAAGAAGUUUGGAACCACCAAAACUCUUCCUAGAGCUGGCUGCCUGGCAAAACUGAGCAAUUGGGGGAGAAGGGCUUUGGCCAUGGAGGUGACCAAGAACCCGAUGGCCACUCUGACAGAGCUCCAGAGUUCCUCUGUGGAGAUGGGAGAACCUUCCAGAAGGACAACCAUCUCUGCAGCACUCCACCAAUCAGGCCUUUAUAGUACAGUGGCCAGACGGAAGCCACUCCUCAGUAAAAGGCACAUGACAGCCCGCUUGGAGUUUGCCAAAAGACACCUAAAGGACUCUCAGACCAUGAGAAACAAGAUUAUCUGGUCUGAUGAAUCCAAGAUUGAACUCUUUGGCCUGAAUGCCAAUCGUCACAUCUGUAGGAAACCUGGCACAAUCCCUACAGUGAAGCAUGUUGGUGGCAGCAUCAUGCUGUGGGGAUGUUUUUCAGAGGCAGCGACUGGGAGGCUGAUCAGGAUCGAGGGAAAGAUGAACUGCGCAAAGUACAGCGAGAUCCUUGAUGAAAACCUGCUCCAGAGCGCUCAGGACCAGACUGGGGCGAAGGUUCACGUUCCAACAGGACAAUGACCCUAAGCACACAGCCAAGACAAUGCAGGAGUGGAUUGGGGACAAGUCUCUGAAUGUCCUUGAGUGGCCCAGCCAGAGCCCGGACUUGAACCCGAUCUCUGGAGAGACCUGAAAAUAGCUGUGCAGCAACGCUCCCCAUCCAACCUGACAGAGCUUGAGAGGAUCUGCAGAGAAUGGGAGAAACUCACCAAAUACAGGUGUGCCAAGCUUGUAGCAUCAAACCCAAGAAGAGGCUGUAGUCGUUGCCAAAGGUGCUUCAACAAAGUACUGAGUUAAGGGUCUGAAUACUUGUUUAUUUUAUUUUAUACAUUUGAAACAUUUUCUAAACCUGUUUAUCCUUUGUCAUUAUGUCCAGGUAUUGUGUGUAGAUUGAUGAGGGGAAAAAAAGCAAUUUCAUCCAUUUAAGAAUUAGGCUGUAACGUAACAAAAUGUGGAAAAAGUGAAGGGGUCUGAAUACUUUCCGAAUGCACUGUAUCUGCAAUGUUCUGUAACAUCUUUCAUUCUCCUGAACAGACCCCUAAACAGGUUUGUGCUGCAUCAUGUUUCUGACCACUGACAGGAGGUAAUGAUAAGGUUUAAACAAACAGAAACCUAAGCCCAGUGCCUCACGUUCUUUAGCCCAGGGUUUCCCAAACUCGGACCUGCCCCCCCCCCCCCCCCCUGGGUGCACAUUUUGUGAGAAAUUGCCAAGAAACUGAAGAUCUUGUACAACGCUGUGUACUACUCCCUUCACAAAACAGCGCAAACUGUCUCUAACCAGAAUAGAAAGAGGAGUGGGAGGCCCCAGUGCACAACUGAGCAAGAGGACAAAUACAUUUGUUUCUAGUUUGAGAAACAGACGCCUCACAGGUCCUCAUCUGGCAGCUUCAUUAAAUAGUACCCGCAAAACACCAGUCUCAACGUCAACAGUGAAGAGGCGACUCCGGGAUGCUGACCUUCUAGGCAGAGUUGCAAAGAAAAAGCCAUAUCUCAGACUGGCCAAUAAAAGAUUAAGAUGGGCAGUCUGAGAUAUGGCUUUUUCUUUGCAACUCUGCCUAGAAGGUCAGCAUCCCGGAGUCGCCUCUUCACUGUUGACGUUGAGACUGGUGUUUUGCGGGUACUAUUUAAUGAAGCUGCCAAUUGAGGACCUGUGAGCCUGUAAUCGACAUUUAAUCCUAGUAAAAAUUCCCUAUCUUAGGUACUUAGGAUCACCACUUUAUUUUAAGAAUGUGAAAUGUCAGAAUAAUAGUAGAGAAUUAUUUAUUUCAGCUUUUAUUUCUUUCAUCACAUUCCCAGUGGGUCAGAAGUUUACAUACACUCAAUUAGUAUUUGGUAGCAUUGCCUUUAAAUUGUUUAACUUGGGUCAAAUGUUUUGGGUAGCCUUCCACAAGCUUCCCACAAUAAGUUGGGUGAAUUUUGGCCCAUUCCUCCUGACAGAGCUGGUCAGGGUUGUAGGCCUCCUUGCUCGCACACGCUUUUUCAGUUCUGCCCACACAUUUUCUAUAGGAUUGAGGUCAGGGCUUUGUGAUGGCCACUCCAACACCUUGACUUUGUUGUCCUUAAGCCAUUUUGCCACAACUUUGGAAAUAUGCUUGGGGUCAUUGUCCAUUUGGAAGACCCAUUUGCGACCAAGCUUUAACUUCCUGACUGAUGUCUUGAGAUGUUGCUUCAAUAUAUCCACAUAAUUUCCCUUCCUCAUGAUGCCAUCUAUUUUGUGAAGUGCACCAGUCCCUCCUGCAGCAAAGCACCCCCACAGCAUGAUGCUGCCACCCCCGUGCUUCACGGUUGGGAUGGUGUUCUUCGGCUUGCAAUCAAUCCCCUUUUUCCUCCAAACAUCAUGGUCAUUAUGGCCAAACAGUUCUAUUUUUGUUUCAUCAGACCAGAGGACAUUUCUCCAAAAAGUACGAUCUUUGUCCCCAUGUGCAGUUGCAAACCAUAGUCUGGCUUUUUUAUGGUGGUUUUGGAGCAGUGGCUUCUUCCUUGCUGAGCGGCCUUUCAGGUUAUGUCAAGAUGGGACUCAUUUUACUGUGGAUAUAGAUACUUUUGUACCUGUUUCCUCCAGCAUCUUCACAAGGUCCUUUGCUGUUGUUCUGGGAUUGAUUUGCACUUUUCGCACCAAAGUAAGUUCAUCUCUAGGAGACAGAACGCGUUUCCUUCCUGAGCGGUAUGACGGCUGCGUGGUCCCAUGGUGUUUAUACUUGCGUACUAUUGUUUGUACAGAUGAAAGUGGUACCUUCAGGCGUUUGGAAAUUGCUCCCAAGGUUGAACCAGGUCUAUAAAAAAAUGUCUGAGGUCUUGGCUGAUUUCUUUUGAUUUUCCCAUGAAAAAGAGCAAAGAGGCACUGAGUUUGAAGGUAGGCCUUGAAAUACAUCCACAUGUACACCUCCAAUUGACUCAAAUGAUGUCAAUUAGACUAUCAGAAGCUUCUAAAGCCAUGACAUCAUUUUCAAGGAAUUUUCCAAGCUGUUUAAAGGCACAGUCAACUUAGCGUAUGUAAACUUCUGACCCACUGGAAUUGUGAUACAGUGAAUUAUAAAUUAAAUAAUCUGUCUGUAAACAAUUGUUGGAAAAAUGACUUGUGUCAUGCACAAAGUAGAUGUCCUAACCGACUUGCCAAAACUAUAGUUUGUUAACAAGAAAUUUGUGGAGUGGUUGAAAAACGAGUUUUAAUGACCCCAACCUAAGUGUAUGUAAACUUCCGACUUCAACUGUAAUUGCAAAAGGGUUUUCUAAUGAUCACUAAGCCUUUUAAAAUGAUAAACUUGGAUUAGCAAACACAACGUGCCAUUGGAACACAGGACUGAUGGUUGGUGAUAAUGGGCCUCUGUAUGCCUAUAUAGAUAUUCCAUAAAAUAUCAGCUGUUUCCAGCUACAAUAGCCAUUUACAACAUUAUCAAUGUCUACACUGUAUUUCUGAUCAAUUGCUUUUCUUUCGAAAACAAGGAACAUUUCUAAGUGACCCCAAACUUUUGAAAUGGUAGUGUAGGUUCAUAGAUCACCUGCUGCAACUCAUAGAAAAUAGGCUGUUUCAGGUUCAAAUAUGUCAUCACUCGUGGCAUCUUUUGUUUUCUCAAAUCAACCUAAUUGAUACAGAAGCUCUUUGAUUUUUUGUGAUUUUCCUGUUAUAAGAUGAUGGUCCCAGACUCCCUCUUGUGGUUGAAUAGUACAUAUUUCUAGCAUAUCUGAAGCUGCACUGUGGACAGAUCAAACAGUGUGGGAGAUGUACGCCGUAUGUACAAAAAUUCGACCGUAGCCUCUGCUUACAUAGCAAUGUUGGGCAUAUAUCUCCACCUGACCUCUGAGGGAGACUGUUGGUCUCUGACUGUUUGGUUCCUUUUAGAAAAUAAAUACGGUCUCUGUACUGGCAGUACAAGGCAGGUAGCCUCGUCCCAGAUCUGUUUGUGCUGUCUUGCCAACUCCUAUGGCCAUUGACAGCACAAACAGAUCUGGGACCAGGUUACAAGUCAGGGCAAUGUAACCCGAACUUAAAGGGAACAUCUGCAGGAGACGGCUGCAUUAAUUAUAACUUGAUAAUUAUUCAGAUGAAUAAUGAAGACGACUGUGAGGGGCAAUAAAAAGCUUUUGAGAAGCUGCCAUAUCAUGUGACCUCAGGGAUGUGCGGCUUUAAUUCGCCUGCUGAAUUUUUCAUUCAGAGAAGAUUGUCUAUCUGUUAUUACUUUAAAAAUAUAAUAAUCUUCAAUCUCUCACUGUCUUCCUCAUCAUACUAUUUUUUUUCUCAAAGUCUGAGGAUUUUUCAAUGUAUUCAUCUUUUAAGAGCUCAUACUAAACUAAUGCACAUGUGCUGGUUCUAAUAGGUGGAACUGAACUGGGUGCUUUGUGGAAGGAAUUAUUAUAAUUAAUGAUGUGGUAUUGUAUGGUCUCUCCCCCUCUCUCUGCAGCCAUCUUCCUCCAGCAGUGUCAUUUCCUCAGGCAGGCCGGCCACUCAGAGAAAGCUGUGUGUCUGUUCCAGGGCCUGCUGGACUUCACCUUCUUCAAGCCAGACACUGUCAAGGACCUACCCACCAGACAACAGGUACACACACACACACACACACACACACACACACAGUCAUUCCCCAAGUACCUCUGCAAAGAACACACAUGUUCAAACACAUGCACGCAUAUACAGCUGGUAGCUCCCUCCAGAAUAGACUGAUGAUGAAUUGGGGUCUGUGUUACUGUAUUGGCUGUUGAUCCAAAGCCAGUGCACCAAUGCUGUUUGUUUUCUGUCACUGGCAUUAAAGCAGUGCUGGGGCCCUCUCCAGAGAGUGCCCUUCAGACUGGUCUGGGCCUUGUCACUUUACACACUACAUGGAAACUUUACUAAGGGGGGCGUUUAAAAUGCAUGACCAGGUUUUAAUAGAUACUUUUUUCCAGCAGUGGGGCAUUCUAAUUCGAGAAAGAACACAUAAUGGCCUGUUUUCUCUUCCUUCAGGACUGCUGCAGUGGCUCACAGCUCACUGUCCCCCCCAGCACCAGCAGCAUUAGAUAAAUGAGACAUGAUUAUGAAUGUAUAAUACCUCGAAUGAAGGAAGGACAUGUUGCUGUGUGUGUGUCCGCAUGGUAAACCCAGCAUUAGCUUUCAUUAACUGUUUUAAUUGAUCAGGGCUGUAUUUUUUUGAUGAGAGAUCGUCCAGUCCCUUAACACUACGUCUCUGUUCCAAGGUCCAUACUAGCGUAGCGCUAUCAUGAAGCAAUAUGUAUUGGCCAUGCAUUUAAAGUGGUAUGGAUUGUGUGGCUAUUGGAACACAGCCUAGGCCAAUUUAGCUCUGUACUGUUAAGAUAUCACACCAUAUAGGAUUUCUACCAGAUUUGGAAGUACUGAUACCCAAAGCUCCAUGUUCAGAGCCUGUCUGUCUUUUGUCUCAGAGACGGUGUUCUUAUUUAGUAAGAAUAUAAAUGGGUUGGAUCCCAACGCUGCCACCAAAUGUAAGAUGACUAUAUGGAUAUAUAAAAUGCUUCUGCUGUUGGAUUCGUCACCAAGUAAUUAGAAAGAAGAUCUCCUUUUCAGGCAAAAUAAAUUAAUCUUAAUGACGACAAGAGAGACUCUCUGUGGCUUUACUCUGUAAUCAUCUGAUUAUUAGAAAAUGAUCUAAGCAGUGUCUCCUCCAGAAACGAUUGCAGUAUUAAACAGGACCACAUUUUAUUCCACACUCUAAUGAGUUUCUACUGUUCUCCAUGGAGGUCUGGUCUGCAGAGAGAGACACGCACUAGCAUGGAGGGGCUAAUUCAUUACAUCUAGUUACUGACCUGCAGGCUGUCCUGCAGUGCAGCCUAAUGUUGUUCUUCCUGUCAGGAGAACUGCUGACCUCAGUGCAGAUAAAGACAACUGCCCAUCAACCCAUGAAACAUGAUAUGUUUGAAAUUAUUACAUUUUUGUAAUACCUGACAUUCCCUCUCCUCCACCCUCUGUGUGAUUGUACAGUAUUAAUUACUGUAUUAUUGAGGGAUUGAUUUAUAUAAAUAUCUGUGUUGUAUUAAACCAUCCCAUUGGCCUUUGCCCUUUGUGGUCCUCCAGGUGGAGUUCUUUGAGCCAUUCUGGGACAGUGGGGAGCCCCGUGUCGGGGAGAGAGGGGCCAGUGGAUGGAGAGCCUGGAUGACCCAGCAGGAGAGAGGGGGCUGGCUCCAACCCAGUGAACAAGGUUAACAACUUUAUAGCCUUGCCUAUACUAAAACCUGUGCUAACACUUUACAUGGUUGCUCUUAUUUCUGUGUUAUAACACUGUAAUUACACUAGUAACAGUGUUGUAACGUUACAACACUAAAUCAUAGUGUGUCCAUCCUCACUGGUCCAACCUACUUUAGCACCCGUCUGGGGCGGCAGGUAGCUUAGUGGUUAAGAGCGUUGUGCCAGUAACCGAAAGGUCGCUGGUUCUAAUCCCCGAGCCAACUAGGUGAAAAAUCUGUCGAUGUGCCCUUGAGCAAGGCACUUAAUCCUAAUUGCUCCUGUAAGUUGCUCUGGAUAAGAGCGUCUGCUAAAUGACUAAAAUGUAAUGUUAACCUUUGGAACCUCUAUGUGACAGAUGAUGAAGAUGAUGAAGAUCAGGAAGAAUCGGAGGUGAAGGAUAAGACAUGGCCCAAGUGGAGGAUCUGGUUGGACGUGGAGACAUCACGCGAGGCCAUCCAUUGGCUGCCGUGGAGGCCGGACAAAACCAAGGGCCAAUCGGUGGAGGACUGUGAGGACCCGGACCGACAGGUAUUGGCUGUGAUUACUGGUGAUAGUGGUGCCAAAACUGGGAUAUAUCUACCAUUAAAAACGGGUUGCUAUUUAUGUCUUACCACUUGCCUGCAUGUGUGUGUUCCAUGUAGGUGCUGUUUGAUGACAUUGGGCCGUCUUUGAUCCGGCUGGUCCGCCCAGACCUCCAGCUGCGUCUUCUUCUGUCCUUCCUACACUUUCUGGGUCUGCCUGCUGACACUUCCUGUUACAGUGCCCCCUCCUGGAGCCUGCUGCUGGACGACCAGGCUCUGCUGGGGGAUGUUCACCACCCUGACUCACCUCUGACCUCCUAUGACCUCCCUGUCCCUGGGGUCAGCCCCGUGGGUCACAUGACCUCUCUGCAGGGUGCCAGGAGGGGGGCGGGGCUGUGUAAGCAGGGGGAGGAAUUUCUAGACAACGUGUUCCAGAUGGUUCUGCCUCUGUUCUCUGCUCAGGAGAGAGCUGUCCUCUCACUGCACUGGAUCCAGUAUGAGAAGCUCAAGGUAAACCCAUGUUACCCAAGCUAUAAGCUUUAGAGCCAGGCAAGCAUAUGCUCAGCCAAGUGCGAUUACUUUGGUUUGAGAGGCUUUCUUCAAUCGUGAAGGAAUUUAAACCUAAUUGUAAAGUCAGGAUGAAAUUUACGUAUUUUCAUUCCAUUUUAAUGCCGAACUUUGUGUCCUUCUCCCUCUCAUUCUCCAUUGAGAUUCUCCCACUAAUGCACCUGUCUCUCCUGUCUCUCCUGUCCUCCCACUCUGUAUGUAACAUUAAGGUGCUGAGGUGCGUGCGCGGCAGGAACAAGAGGCAUGUGAAAUUCCAGGGGAAGAGGAGCAAACGCCUGGCCAAGCGCCUGCUGAAGGAGCCAGAGAACCGGGGCCGCCUCAGCCUGUGGAGGGAGUAUGCCCACCUGGAGUGGCUGCUAGGGAAUUUGGAUGAGGCCCACAAGGUGUUCGACACAGCCCUGGGACUGGGCGUGGCAGGAGGGCUGGCAGACCCUGCCCUGUGUGACCUCUGCCUGCUCUACGCCCAGCUGGAGGUAGAGGAGGCCUGGCGAAGGGGUACGGGCGGAGCAGGGACAACUGUUACGACCGCCAUGUCUUCACCAGCGGUCUAUAUCCUCACCAAGCUAGCAGAGGGUAGUUCGUAUGCCCCCUUCUUGGGACAGUUGGCUCCAGUGGCCGUUCUGAAGGCCAGGAAGGCCUAUGAGCAGGCUGUGGUGAGCUCCCUGCCUGGGCUGGAGGAGGGGGCCGCGGGGCAGGGGCACUCCAAGAAGCCCAGGCGGGUCAAAGGUCUGGUGGGGUGUUACGCCCUGUUCCAGUACCUGACUGUGGGGGUCGAUGCUGCUGAUGCAGUCUACAGUCUGGCCAGGAAGAGGCUGGAGCAACACUCCAGUAUGUCAGCACAGGAGUCAUCUAGCAGUGAAGUUAUCAGUGACAUACAGACACAGAGCUCUGUCUCAGAUUGUGAGGCCCUGGCUGUCCAGCAGGCGGCGCUGCUGCGCUACCACACCAGCACCAACGUGUACCCACUUAGCCAUAUCAGACUGGCGCUGACCUCGGCCCUGGCCCACUUUGCCUCUAGCGCCCCCCUGUGGCAGUUGUACGUGCAGGUGGAGAACCGCUACCACAGCGCCGGCAGGGCUCGACGCUUCUUCCACAGCUUGACCAAGGCUAGUGCCAGUGUCAUGCCACGCCUGUUCGCCAUCAGUGCAGAGCAGCAGAGGAAGCAGCUGGUGGACUCUGUUCAGAGGUGAGAACACUGAAGAUGGAAGGCUCUAAUCAGUAUCACUUAAUAAUGUCAAAAACAGAACACACACACACACACAAAUGGAUAGUACUACUAUAGUAGCUCACAUUUAGAUUCAUUUCGUUAACUAACUGGAUGUUUUUUGAUGAGGUCUUGUUUUCUUCUUGGCAGGUCUAAUUGCUAUGGCGACACCCUCUCCACCCUGCCAGAGAACGGCCUGAGCAACCGUAUCCGCUCGCUGUUUGAGAAUGCCAUAGCAACGGAGCACGGGGUCCACUGCCCGUUGCUGUGGAGGAUGUACAUGAACUUCCUGGUAAGACACCUCUUUAAAACACAUUAACUUCCUGGUAAGACGCCUCUUUAAAACAUGAACUUCCUGUUAAUACACCUCUUUAAAACACCCUUAAAUCAUUACAGUUAUCAGAACCUCAGGUUUGUUCCAGUAAUCAAGUGAUGAAGGAGACUUGGAAGUAUGUCUGAAGCUGGCGUCUGGUGUUUUGAAGUGUACUGUAGCUGACGUAUGGUGUUUUGUUGUACUGUAGCUGACGUCUGGUGUUUUGUUGUACUGUAGCUGACGUCUGGUGUUUUGUUGUACUGUAGCUGACGUCUGGUGUUUUGUUGUGGUGUUCUUUAGCUGACGUCUGGUGUUUUGUUGUGGUGUACUGUAGCUGACGUCUGGUGUUUUGUUGUGUGUUGUAACUGACGUCUGGUGUUUUGUUGUGUGUUGUAGCUGACGUCUGGUGUUUUGUUGUGUGUUGUAGCUGAUGUCUGGUGUUGUGUUGUGGUGUACUGUAGCUGACGUCUGGUGUUGUGUUGUAGCUGACGUCUGGUGUUGUGUGUUGUAGCUGACGUCUGGUGUUGUGUUGUGGUGUACUGUAGCUGACGUCUGGUGUUGUGGUGUACUGUAGCUGACGUCUGGUGUUUUGUUGUGGUGUACUGUAGCUGACGUCUGGUGUUUUGUUGUGGUGUACUGUGGCUGACGUCUGGUGUUUUGUUGUGUGUUGUAGUGUAUGUCUGGUGAUUUGUGUUGUAACUGACGUCUGGUGUUUUGUUGUGUGUUGUAACUGAUGUCUGCUGUUUUGUGGUGUACUGUAGCUGAUGUUUGGUGUUUUGUUGUGUGUUGUAGCUGACGUCUGGUGUUGUGUGUUGUAGCUGAUGUCUGGUGUUUUGUGGUGUACUGUAGCUGACGUCUGGUGUUUUGUGGUGUACUGUAGCUGACGUCUGGUGUUUUGUGGUGUACUGUAGCUGACGUCUGGUGUUUUGUGGUGUACUGUAGCUGACGUCUGGUGUUUUGUGGUGUACUGUAGCUGACGGCUGGUGUUUUGUUGUGUGUUGUAGCUGACGUCUGGUGUUUUUGUUGUAGUUGAUGUCCAGUGUUUUGUACUGUAGCUGACGUCUGGUGUUUUGUUGUGUGUUGUAGUUGACGUCUGGUGUUUUGUACUGUAGCUGAUGUCUUGGUAUUUUGUUGUGUGUUGUAGCUGACGUCUGGUGUUGUAGCUGACGUCUUGUGUUGUAGCUGACGUCUGGUGGUGUGUUGUAGCUGACGUCUGGUGUUGUGUGUUGUAGCUGAUGCCUGGUGUUUUGUGGUGUGUUGUAGCUGACGUCUGGUGUUGUAGCUGACAUCUGGUGUUGUUGUAGCUGACGUCUGGUGUUGUGUUGUAGCUGACGUCUGGUGUUGUGUUGUGGUGUACUGUAGCUGACGUCUGGUGUUUUGUUGUGGUGUACUGUAGCUGACGUCUGGUGUUUUGUUGUGGUGUACUGUAGCUGACGUCUGGUGUUGUGUGUUGUAGCUGACGUCUAGUGUUUUGUUGUGGUGUACUGUAGCUGACGUCUGGUGUUUUGUUGUGGUGUACUGUGGCUGACGUCUGGUGUUUUGUUCUGGUGUAUUGUAUCUGACGUCUGCUGUUUUGUUUUGGUGUACUGUAUCUGACGUCUGCUGUUUUGUUGUGUGUUGUAACUGAUGUCUGCUGUUUUGUGGUGUACUGUAGCUGAUGUCUGGUGUUUUGUUGUGUGUUGUAGCUGACGUCUGGUGUUGUGUGUUGUAGCUGAUGUCUGGUGUUUUGUGGUGUACUGUAGCUGACGUCUGGUGUUUUGUGGUGUACUGUAGCUGACGGCUGGUGUUUUGUUGUGUGUUGUAGCUGACGUCUGGUGUUUUUGUUGUUGUUGAUGUCCAGUGUUUUGUACUGUAGCUGACGUCUGGUGUUUUGUUGUGUGUUGUAGUUGACGUUUGGUGUUUUGUACUGUAGCUGAUGUCUUGGUAUUUUGUUGUGUGUUGUAGCUGACGUCUGGUGUUGUAGCUGAUGUCUGGUGGUGUGUUGUAACUGACGUCUGGUGUUGUGUGUUGUAGCUGACGUCUGGUGUUGUGUGUUGUAGCUGACGUCUGGUGUUUUGUUGUGGUGUACUGUGGCUGACGUCUGGUGUUUUGUUUUGGUGUACUGUAGCUGACGUCUGGUGUUUUGUUGUGUGUUGUAGCUGACGUCUGGUGUUGUAGCUGAUGUCUGGUGUUUUGUGGUGUACUGUAGCUGACGUCUGGUGUUUUGUGGUGUACUGUAGCUGACGGCUGGUGUUUUGUUGUGUGUUGUAGCUGACGUCUGGUGUUUUUGUUGUAGUUGAUGUCCAGUCUUUUGUACUGUAGCUGAUAUCUGGUGUUUUGUUGUGUGUUGUAGCUGACGUCUGGUGUUGUAGCUGACGUCUGGUGUUGUGUGUUGUAGCUGACGUCUGGUGUUGUGUGUUGUAGCUGACGUCUGGUGUUUUGUUGUGGUGUACUGUGGCUGACGUCUGGUGUUUUGUUUUGGUGUACUGUAGCUGACGUCUGGUGUUUUGUUGUGUGUUGUAGCUGACGUCUGGUGUUGUAGCUGAUGUCUGGUGUUUUGUGGUGUACUGUAGCUGACGUCUGGUGUUUUGUGGUGUACUGUAGCUGACGGCUGGUGUUUUGUUGUGUGUUGUAGCUGACGUCUGGUGUUUUUGUUGUAGUUGAUGUCCAGUCUUUUGUACUGUAGCUGAUAUCUGGUGUUUUGUUGUGUGUUGUAGCUGACGUCUGGUGUUGUAGCUGACGUCUGGUGUUGUGUGUUGUAGCUUAUGUCUGGUGUUUUGUGGUGUACUGUAGCUGACGUCUGGUGUUUUGUGGUGUACUGUAGCUGACGUCUGGUGUUUUGUUGUAGUUGACGUCUGGUGUUUUGUGUUGUAGUUGACGUCUGGUGUUUUGUACUGUAGCUGAUGUCUGGUGUUUUGUUGUGUGUUGUAGCUGACGUCUGGUGUUGUGUGUUGUAGCUGACGUCUGGUGUUGUGUUGUAGCUGACGUCUGGUGUUGUGUGUUGUAGCUGACGUCUGGUGUUGUGUUGUGUGUUGUAGCUGACGUCUAGUGUUGUGUUGUAGCUGACGUCUAGUGUUGUGUUGUAGCUGACGUCUUGUGUUGUGGUGUGUUGUAGCUGACGUCUGGUGUUGUUGUGUGUUGUAACUGACGUCUGGUGUUGUGUGUUGUAGCUGACGUCUGGUGUUGUGUGUUGUAGCUGACGUCUGGUGUUUUGUUGUGGUGUACUGUAGCUGACGUGUGGUGUUUUGUUGUGGUGUACUGUAGCUGACGUCUGGUGUUUUGUUGUGGUGUACUGUAGCUGACGUCUGGUGUUUUGUUUUGGUGUACUGUAGCUGACGUCUGGUGUUUUGUCGUGUGUUGUAGCUGACGUCUGGUGUUUUGUCGUGUGUUGUAGCUGACGUCUGGUGUUUUGUCGUGUACUGUAGCUGACGUCUGGUGUUUUGUUCUGGUGUACUGUAGCUGACGUCUGGUGUUUUGUUGUGGUGUUUUUUAUCUGACGUCUGGUGUUUUGUUGUGGUGUACUGCAGCUGACGUCUGGUGUUUUGUUGUGGUGUUCUUUAGCUGACGUCUGGUGUUUUGUUGUGGUGUACUGCAGCUGAAGUCUGGUGUUUUGUUGUGGUGUACUAUAUCUGACGUCUGGUGUUUCGUUGUGUUCUUUAGCUGACGUCUGGUGUUUUGUGUACUGUAGGUGUCAGAGGGGAAGGUGGAGAAGGGAAGAGGGAUCUUCUACAAGGCUCUUCAGGACGUCCCAUGGGCCAAGGUGAGCACAGUGACCGAUGAAAUUAUGAAACUGUGAUAAUUAGUUAGCUCUUUGGUGUGUUUUGGUCAAAAUAUAUGACAUGGUUUCUGACGUGUGUGUGCGCGUCCAUCCAUCCAAAGGGUUUAUACAUGGACGCGGUGCAGCUCUUCCCUGAGCACGUGCAGGAGUUCCUGGAUCUGAUGACAGAGAAGGAGCUCAGACUGAGGGUUCCCAUGGAGGAGGUGGACAUACUGCUGGAGGACUGA